AUGUCUCUAUAAGAUAAAAAAAACCAAGCACCAAAUACCAACCUCUAUCUUUAAAGUAUACCAUCAAUGACAAUAAGGCAAGUUUGUCGCAGAGAAAUAAGCAGUAGGGUCUCAUCGUUCGAUUCAAAUCUAUCACACAAGCUGGUUAAUUACACAGCCCAAAAAGAUAUAGGGCGGGCAAUCACAGAGGUGACGGGCGAAAUUGCCUACCGUGACUCCACCAAUAUCUACCAAAGUUUAUACUAGACCUGUGGGAGGUUGCAAUAGCCAUCUCUGUCAGGGAGCCUUAGCACAGCCGAGAAUUUUAGCGGCCUGGUGCAGUGUGUGUUUAAUUUUAAGUGUUGCAGGCGUUGGCGUUCGUCGCGCAUGUGAAAAGUGUGUUCAGCAAUUCGAAAUUAUUCGAAGAAGUUCAUCAAGAAUCUGUGUCGUGCCGUUGUAUCUUCAAUUUGUCUGAGAUAGUUAAAGUGACAGUUACUUUGAAGCACAACAGAAAAUACGAAGCCGCUGUCACGAAGUGCGCUGUUAUCUACGCAAUGACGAUGGAUCUUAUAUGCACAGAAAAAGCAAUUAGCGAAGUUCACUACCAGUCAGUUCACGAUCGCCUCGCAUUACGAGAUACUGCCUUGUUCGACGAAAGUUCAAGAGUGUUAAGGAACUUGCUAGAGCUCGAGGAACACCAAAAGAACCAUUCCGUUGAUGCCAGACUUUUCCAGCGGGUUCAGACUGAUCUGCAGCCAAACAUGCGACGAAUCGUUGCCAACUGGAUGCUCGAGGUGUCUGAUACUGAACUAUGCCGAGCUGAGGUGUUCCCACACGCAAUGCACCUGCUCGAUCGGUUCUUGAGCAAGAAGAUGGUACAAAAGAAUCACCUACAACUUCUCGGCACGGUCUGUCUUCUUCUCGCGUCCAAGAUGCGUCUCACGCGACCAUUGACCGUGGAGAAGUUGCGCAUGUACACCGAUUACAGUGUUAAUUGCCAGGAGAUCCUGGAAUGGGAGAUGCUGGUCCUGCUAACCCUCGAUUGGAAUACGGCCUGUGUGAUUGCCAACGACCUCCUUGACCAGCUCGUUCACCGGCUGCCACUAGAUUCUCAGCACCAGAGGCAAAAGGAAACUCUUCGGAAACAGGCUCAAACUGUCAUUGCGCUCACAGCCACUGAGUUCAAAUUUAGCCAUUACAUACCCUCGAUCGUUGCUGCCGCUUCGAUGGUCGUCGCAAGCGGGUACGUCCUGCGUCUCUCACGGAGACAGAAAUCUGACAUGAUGAAAUGGGCCCAACUGGCAGUUCGCGCAGAUGAGGAGGAAUUAAGGGUCUGUACCGAGGCAAUCGAUGACUUUAUCACGAAGAACUUCGCGCCCCAGGUGCCGGCUGAGGACUCAGCUCCGCCCGCUGGUCCCGUUGAAGUACAUCACAAAGUCAAAGAGGACAUUGCCGUAACAAAUCAAGGCCAGCCCGAGACACCAACGGAUGUCCAGGAUGUCCUAAGCGAUUUUUGAACGUUCCCCAGUAAAGGCUACGACGGCCUAGUUAGAACUGUUGCAGACUGAGGAUACUUCCCGCAAAAAGAAGAACCCUGAUACGAGCAACUUGAAUUGGGGAAUACGCAAAAGGCUACUUGUAUAGUUUCUUGCUACCGACAGAUCUUCGAUGAGAGCCCUAUACCAAUAAAUCGGUGGACGCUGAAAUACAAGAAGGUUCCUUUUUCCCCGGCGACCUGCUCCCAAUUCAACUAGUCAGAAACUACCCCCGUGUGUGCAUCAGUAUAUUUUCCUAAUAGUUUCCGAAUAAAGGACUAACUAAUAGCCCCCAUCAGGAAGAACACCUGCUGAGAAGAAGAAUUCGCCGCCACUAGCACCCCGACCGAGAGUAAGCCUGGGAACAUUCAUUUGUCCACUAAUUUACAGAAAGCCCAAUAUUUGCGCGCUCUUAUGCAGAGUUAACAAACACGAAUUUUUUACGAAGGAGAAGAAUGAUCCAUACAGAGGCUGUCCGCUGUACGUUCGCUGGUCGGCUUCUUGUAUAUAGUUAAUACUCUACACAAUAUUUCUGGACACAAUUUUACCAGAGAAAGAAAGGGAAAAAGGAAAUAGAGUGGCAGAGAAAGAGAGCGCGCGUAAUACAAAAAAAAAAAAAAAAAAAAACAAAAACAAAAAGAAAAUGGCCAAAGCGACAUCUUGUUUUUCUGUAGAAUUGUUCGGCGCGAUCCUAGAGGUGAACGCGUUCUUAACCAAUAUAGGAAACUACGGUUACCGAAUUUGUAGACUUAUGAACAUAUCGGGUGACCGUUCAUGAAAUAGUAGCCUUAAGUACGCCAACGGGUAAAGUCUGCUGCUUGUGGAGAAAAUCGAUAAUGCUCAAUACUCCAUCGACACAGGCACUGGGUAAGCAGUACGUUUGCGGGCUGAUCAAGAUGUAGUCAACACAUGUGCGAACACAGCACAGCCAAGUGCAGAAACCUCUAAAUGAAGACGAUAAAGGCUUCACUUUGUAGAUUUUCUAUGGGUAGGGAGAGGCACGAGGCAAACACUUUUUUUUUUUACAUACUUUGACGUUCCGCGUUUGAGCUAAGAAAUCGACAAAAAAAAAUGCAGGUCUGUGUAAAGAGACGUUUAUAUUCGCGUACUGGUUACAUCGAUCGUCGCGUUUGAGUUUUAACAUAAGAUGGGCAUUAAUCAUUUUUUUUAACCCUUAACUAAUCCUGACCACAAUAAGGCAUUAGACAUAUUUUACCAAGAAGCUGCGGGUAGACAUAUUGGUGAAGACUUUUGGGUUUCUUUUAUAGCUGUUUGUUGCGGUGAUGCCAAUAUGACUUCGAACUUGUAGCGGUAUUACCACAACGAACCGAUAGCAUUUCUCUACGAAGAGUACUAAUAACAUACGAUAUAUGUGCGCGUGGUAUUUGAACGCAUGCUUCCGCACCCUCCAGGGGUACAGCUCGGCAAUGAGCGAUGCCGCAGGCUUGAGUGUCAUUCGCUUCUUGGAGGUCAGAGAGCAACAGAACACAGGAUUUUGAGAAGCAUUUUUCUACAAAACAGUCAUUAUAUUACUUGAAUUCUGUAUUGUUUCGAUACGACGAUAGAUAUAUAUAUAUAUAUAUAUAUAUAUAUAUAUAUAUAUAUCUAUGGAAAGAGAACAGAAAGGCAUCUUUCGCUUAUACAGAUCGAUUGAGGUCGCUCGUAACCGUAUAGCAGUAUUACACGUAUACCCAGCGAGACCACAAAGUUUUAGAUCAGGUGUUGGCAGGCAUGCGACGAUCGCUAGUUAGACAUGUGCAAGAUAAAAGUAUUACCUAGACGAAAAAAUAAUGAUUUGUGACACAAACACGGGCCGAUUCUGUUUCCGUUUGCCAGAGCAGUCUCGUAACGAAAACGACCAUUCUCGCCGUAUCUUGCCGGCAAUACAGAUUUACUGAUGGACGAUUAAAGCAUCUGGGUAACGAGACGGCAUGAGCUUUUCUCAUUGAGAAACUAUGGAAGAGUUCAUGGCUGUAAUAGAAGGUGUUAGUUAUUAAUACCGUUAAAUUGAUAGUAAUUAUUAACCUUAUCAUCAGUAUUAUCAUCACUGUGAUUACAAUGGUGAUGAUUUCGUACCGCAAAUUUUGAAUUAAAGAUAAAAAUCAUUAUUGAUCAUAUAUACAAAUGUCAAUGAGCAUUAUAUUUAUGCGAGGAAAAAAGAUGCUGAAAAAUGCAACCCAUAUGCCCGGUAUGAGGGCGUAGGAGUUAAAAAAAAGUUCUUUCCAUUUGUGAUAUAAACGAAAAUAAAAAAUACGGAAGAAAAUAGU